UCAAAUAUAUGUCCCAGAGUAGAACAAAAGUAGAUAGACUAAAGUAGAUAGAUACACUAAAACAAUACUUGUGCUAAUUUGAAACUGGAAACGCUUACCAGCUAAUGACUGUAUUCUACUACAAAAGAUUUAAUUAAAAACCUACCAAACGAUGGGUGUCGAAAAGUGGAAGAAACAAAGUUACCGCAAAAUCAAAAAGCAAUGCGUGACCGCUGGUAAAUUGUGGGAUGAUCCGUUAUUUCCACCGAAUGAUAAUUCUCUAGCAUUGACCAAAUCUAGUUAUUCAAAUGUCGUGUGGAAGCGACCUUCGGAACUGUGCACCAAUCCCAAAUUGUUUGUGGAGAAAGCAAGCUCCAAGGAUGUGACCCAAGGAAGUCUUGGCAACUGUUGGUUUGUGGCGGCUUGUUCAGCUCUAGCUACGGUGAAGCCUCUGUGGAAAGAGGUUGUGCCUGAUUAUAAAUUACAGGAAUGGGACGACACACAGCCAGAGCAAUACGCUGGGAUAUUUCAUUUUCGAUUCUGGCGCGGGGGAAACUGGAUCGACAUCUGUGUUGACGAUAAAUUGCCCACUAUCGGUAACCAACUUCUGUUCUGUCAUUCGACGACUGAAAAUGAAUUUUGGAGUGCUCUGCUGGAGAAGGCCUAUGCCAAAUUGUGUGGAUCGUACGGUGUUCUGCACGGUGGAAAUUUAUGUGAUGCCCUUGUGGACUUUACCAGCGGAUUGUCAGAAGUAAUAGAACUGAAAGAAAACGGAUACAAGACCGAUGUGAUCGCAAAGCAUAAACUACGAAAGCAACUUUUACGCAAACAUGAAGAACAUGCCCUGAUGUGCUGUGCCAUAUCUGCCAGAGACUCAUCAGAAUUUGAAGUCAGAACAAAGACGGGCCUUGUUAUUGGACAUGCGUAUGGUAUUACAGCCGUUCGUGACAUUAAUUUAGGUACCGCAGGACUGCUCUCCUUUUUUAAAGGUGGGGACAAAUUGACUUUGUUGAGGCUCAGAAAUCCUUGGGGCGCUAAAGAAUGGAACGGACCAUUUUCCGAUGGUUCACCGGAAUGGAAGCGUAUUGCAUUGAGUGAACAGGAAAAACUCGGUCUAACCUUUGAAGAAGAUGGCGAAUUUUGGAUGCACUUUGAUGACUUUGUAGCGGAAUUUACAGAGUUAUCGAUUUGCCAUUUGAUAAAUACUUCGUUCUUCACUUGGAGGAAAACUUGGCGCGAAACUAUGAUCAAGGGAGAGUGGAAACGACCAGACCUUGCUGGUGGCUGUCCAAAUCAUGAUUCAUUUUUAAAGAAUCCCCAGUACGUCUUCACGGUACCAAAAGACGACAUGGAAAUUAUAGUGCAGAUUGUUCAAGCGGAUCGACGUGGCAUUGCUGAGACAUAUAAUAGCAUCGGCUUCCAUAUAAUGAGAGUAGAAGAAAAUCGAGCCUAUCGAAUACACACCAAAAGGAAGAAGGUAAUCACGUCCGACUAUGUGAACACAAGGAGUGUCUAUUUCCAAGGGACAUUGAAAAAGGGUCGCCAUGCCUUGUUACCGACAACCUUCGAGCCGAAUAUAGAAACCGAAUUCGUUUUACGAAUCUUCUCGGAAGAUUACAUUGAUGUCGAUGAACUAACUGAAGAUCAUCCGAAACCGAUGUGGCUGUGUGCUCCAUUUUGCAGCAUGCCAACUUGUGUUACAAGCAUAACGGUUACGAAAGCCUCUCAACUGGCCCACAGUGAAAACACUUAUUGCCUCAUAAAAGUAGAAGGUGAAACCCUGACAUCAGAAGUGGUUUAUAAUUCACAAGAACCAGAGUGGAAUCUGUCUGGCGUCUUCUUUCGAUAUAAUGUCACAAAACCAAUCUUCGUCGAGCUGUGGGAGAAGAAAGUGUUACGUGACACAUUUCUCGGGUGUGCUGUCAUUGCCAGUCCAGCGGAUAAUGAUACAAUUGGCAUGAAAUGUCCUUUGGUGGGAAGAGGACGUAAUAAAAAUGAUAAGCACCCAGGUCUGGUUCAUCUUCAGGUGGCAACGUACGACGAUCUGAAUACUUUGUAAUUUAAUAAUGAACAAAAUGAUGGCAGAUUGUCGUUUUCGAUACACAAAAUAUUUUUUUAAAUUUUUUUAAAACUUUUACUGUACUCAACUGCAAUUCUUUUCGUUCAAUAAAUUAUUAUCA